CACAAAGCCAGGACACUUUACGAUUAGUGUCCUCACAAGGUUAGGAAAAACAUUUGCUUGUUUGUAAUGAUCUAAACAUCCUGAUGCUGUCUAAAUAUUACUAUAACACACAGCCGUAGCGUACCCAGUAACUUUUAUUAGAACCUCUUAAGAAAGUUGAAGCGUUUUAAUGUAGACAAAUCUAUUUUAGAUUAUUUUUAUUUGUCUUUUAUUGAGUUAAUUUAAACUUUUUCAAUGAUCUGUCAGUGCAUCUCUAACAGAAGAGGCUGGAAAUUUAGUUAAGCUUUGCUGAAAGAUGGUUAGCAUUGACUUGAAAGAUAUUGGCACCGUGUUUAUCGAAUAAGAGCCACUCAAGGCCACCCUGGACUUUCACUGUCCAGGAAGGAGAUUCACAUUAUGCCAGGUGGGACAAAUCAAACAGAUAUCUAAGGAUGUGAUGUGUAGAGCCUGUGUUGACUUCUGUUACAAACCAAAGUCACUGAAACGCACGACUGUAGUUUAUUACUGUAGUGGUCUGUGCAGGUCUUGACUGACUUGUGUUGUGGUCUGUGCAGGUCUUGACUGACUGUGUUGUGAUCUGUGCAGGUCUGGACUGACUUGUGUUGUGAUCUGUGCAGGUCUUGACUGACUGUGUUGUGGUCUGUGCAGGUCUUGACUGACUGUGUUGUGAUCUGUGCAGGUCUUGACUGACUGUGUUGUGGUCUGUGCAGGUCUUGACUGACUGUGUUGUGAUCUGUGCAGGUCUUGACUGACUUGUGUUGUGGUCUGUGCAGGUCUGCGGGCAUUCCAGUUGAAGAGAUCCUGUAACUUCACCACCCUCAAUGAGAAGCAGCUAAAGGAGAUCCGGGCUCCAGUCACAGUCCUGUACCUGCCGAUGCUGUACCUGCUGGCCUUCAGUGUGGGUCUGCCUUCCAACCUGCUGGCUCUCUGGGUCCUGGUCUUCAGGACCAAACCGCAGCCAUCCACCACGCUGCUCAUCAACCUGACGGUGGCAGACUGCCUGCUGUUGCUUGCUCUGCCGUUUCGGAUCGUGUACCACUUCCGGGGGAAUCAUUGGGAGCUGGGUGAGGCGUCCUGUCGAAUUGUCAUGGCGAUGUUUUAUGGGAAUAUGUACGGAUCCGUGCUGUGUCUGGCCCUGGUGGCUCUGGACCGCUAUAUCGCUUUGGUUCACCCGUUUGGCGCCAAGACUCUGCGCAGCCGACGCACGUCUCUGUACAUGACAGCAGCUGUGUGGUUAGCGGUCCUGGGGGCCAUGCUCCCCCUGCUGUUGUCCCAGCAGACCUAUGUCCUGGAUGAGCCAAAGAUCACCACCUGCCAUGAUGCGCUGCCAGAGGAGGAACAGGAGAACUAUUUCCUGCCGUACUUCGCCACCUUAUUCACGGUCUGCUUCCUGCUGCCAUUCCUGGUUGUGGUGUUCUGCCACGCCGCUGUGCUGCGCACCCUGAUGGCUGAGGGGAAGCGCUAUGGUCAUGCGGUGCGAGUGACAGUGCUGGUUCUGCUGGUCUUCAUUGUGUGUCUGUUGCCCAGCAACCUCCUCCUGCUCCUAACGUAUGCCGACACCUCAUUUGACGGAGACGGAGAGGACAUCUACGUUCCCUACAUGGUUAGCUUAGCUGUUAGCACCUUCAACAGCUGCAUCGACCCCUUCAUAUUCUACUUUGUGUCUGUGGAGUUCAGGGAAAAGGCGAGGGCUGUGCUGUGCUGCCGCAAAAACACUAAACCAUCAAACCAUGUGUCAUACUCUUCAUCAUCUUCAUCAUCAGGCCUGAGGUCAAAGGUCACCCUUUUGUCCAGGUCCAGCCAGAGCGGCGUCUGAGAAGGGCCCACUGUUACCUGCCGACACAUCAAACUGAUCACAUCACAACAUGACAUCACAGCUGUUGGACUUCCUGUAACAGUAUUUAUAUGCAGGAAGAAUUGGUAUCUGAUCACUUGAUUGAUUUAAUAAUUUUAUUAUAACUUCAGUUUAUUCACAUUUAAAUUAAAAACAAAUAUUCACUCAAAAGUUAUUCUGCUGUUCUGUAAAAAAAAGACUCAAAGAUUCAAAGUAAAAUACAGAAAUGAUUAUUAUAAACAUAGUUAAGAUCUGUAGACUCUGAUGAGUCCUUCUCCGUUUGAACAAAUUUUAAAAUAAAAAAACAAUUUUAUUACCUCCUGUUUCCGUGAGAUGUAUAAGAUGCAGAGUAAGAUAAAGAGUGUGAUAAAGAGUGAGAUGAAGAGUGAGAUGACGACUUUGAUAAAGAGUGAGAUGACGACUUUGAUAAAGAGUGAGAU